AUGAAGCUGCAUAUCGAGCUCAACAAGGUGCAGAUGAAGGACGAAAUGGCGGGCAUGCUGCUGUCAGAGCUUGUGAACUCGAAUUCGCUGAUCCGCCCGGCAGACUGGCAAAGCAAGGCAAUGGCAGUCUGCCAAAACUACUUUCAGGAUCGCCUUGUACAUCCCAAGAAGGUGCUCUCUCUGGUGGAUGAGAUGCUGAAGGAGAGGGGCAAGGCUGUGGUGUCCCGCCUGCUGACUGUCCCUGUGGACGAGUUGGAGAAGAGGCUGGAGGAACCUGAUAAGGAUGGAGAGCUGACGGGGAGAGAUGCGCUGAAGUUCUGGGUGGAGAACGAAGGGAUGCCAUAUGGGAUCCUUGACGUUCGCAAUGGGGCCUUGGCGCACCCACUCCAGAGACAGCUGAGGGAUCACUCUGGAGAAGAUGGGCCCACGGACGACGCAAUAGCAGAACGCAGCAAACAGGUGCUGAAUGGGGAUGGCUUUGUGUAUAUUGGGGACUUGCCCACCGAACUCCUUGAGGAGCCCAGUACCAGUGGCCAGGCAUCCACCUCAGGGCAGCAAUCAUCGAUACCCAUGCUGCCUGUGAACGGCCGAGACGCACUCAUGCAUGAUGCCAGCGCGGAUCUCAGCGAGGCGCUAACAAAAGCAUACAAGGCUGGGGUCUUGAGCGCACAUAUACCUGCCCUGCAGGAUGUCAGGUCCCGUUGGGAGACUUCCAGGCGCCUCAAACAACACUUGGACCGCGUGAGACAGGAGCUGGCUACCGCAGAAUUUCAAGCUGCCGUGGACUCUGACACCGCUCCUGACAUCCGCUUCCAGGACGUGGGAAUGCAGACAAGAGUCAUGCUGACGGACAGGGGGAGGGAGAUCAGUGAGGAGGGCGAGACUAGGUUGAAGUGCCGGGGCUGGCAGCUCCUGGAGCUCAUCCAGUGCUACGGCCGCCUCAGCCUGCUGCAGUGCACUUCUGCGCAGUUUGAGCCUGGCGAUGAGAUGCUGGUGCUGGCAAUGGAGGGGGCUCUCAGCAACUUGGCAGAGGAGAGGAGUGAGAGUAGCUGGAAGCGGGUCCUGAUGAGGCUGCAAUCGAGAUGGGAGGACACCAACAGAUUCGCCUGCCACUUCCUGGGCCCGGAUGCAGAUGAGCCCGUGGCCAGCUCUCUUGCCCUCAUCAAGGAUCCUGAUCUCUGCCGGGUCAAAGAGGACCAAAGUGCCAAGCAGCAGUUUCUGGACGUGAUCCUGGACGGGCUCUGGAUCCUGCAGCGGAACAAGCUGCUGACCAGUGGCUUUGUGUACCAGAUCGCUCUGUACUUGCUGUUGAACAGAAAGGACGAUGAGUGUGUAUCGGUCCAUUCCUUGUGCUGGGAGCACCUGGGCAGCCUGAGCGAUGGCGCAGUCGAAAUGCUCGCAGAUACGGUGUCCGCACUGGAGCUGGACGACCCAAAUGUGGUUAUCAACCAUCUGCGCUGCCAACCAGAGACCCUUGGGCGCGAAAUGGCCUAUGCAAACUCUCUGUUGGGCUCAAUCAGCCGACGCUCACCACCCGUCGACCACAUCAAGGGUUAUCCUGAUGAGCAGGAGCAGGGGGAGUUGAUGAAGGACUUUGUGGGUGCCCUGUAUCCUGACAGCAAGACCAAGAUCCCUCCGAUGCCCUCGUUUCAGCAGGAGGAGUUGGACAGAGAGGACAUCCUGGCAUUGCUGCGGCGGUGUAUGGGGUGUAUUGACCAGGCGAUCCUCUGCCGCUUUCAUGCAGACGAGAUGCUCCUGCACCACAGGACCUACCUGCAGGUCAUCGUUGAUCUGCUCAACCGCAUCUCAGAAGGGCUGGCUGUGUGCACCUUGCUAAUGAUCCUUUCAUGCCCGCCCGCAGAGUUCCACAAGGCAAUGAAGGCAGUGGCAGAGCGGGAGCAGGUCCUGCUUGCUUUCAGGAAGAAGAGCGCCCUGCGCUGCUGCCCUGAGGAGGAUAUCUUCGAUUUGGCAGAGUUUCAAGGGUGGGGCGACCAAGGAGCGGGGGCUGCAAAGCGCCUGGGGUCUCCACUUUUGGAAGCGCUCCAGGAGCAAUUUUCAGCAUAUGCCCUCCCGAAAUUCGGAGUCCUCGUCAAGGAAUUUUUCAUCGCAAUCAGGAGUCCCCAGCGAGAGGAGGCUCUUCCAAGGAGCCUCGGCAACAUAGUCAACGCAAUCCUUGUGGACCUCCUGACAAUGGAGAUGAAUGGCAUGCAAUUAGUGGACGUCCAGAUGGCAGGGGAAAAGGAGGCUGCGGAGAAGAAGGCGCUAGAGAUGGCGGAGGCAGAGAGCACCAAGAUGCAGGAGGAGCUGCUGAGGGAGGUGGAAGAAGAGGGGAGGAGGAAGGCUGCGCAGGAGGAGAAGAAGCGCAAGAAGUCCAAGGGGGCUGCUAAGAACAACGCAAAGCUGGAGGAGGAGCGGGCUGCCAGGGAGAAGGCCGAGCAGGAGGAAGCUGCCCAGAGGGAGGCUGAGGAGGAACGGGAGAGGGAGCAGCAGCGGCAAGAGGAAGAGGAACUGAGGAGGAAGGAGGAGGCCUGGCAGCAGAUGCAGAACGAGAUCGCUGAAUCAGAAGGCUCGCAAGGGCAGCCGGACGCCGUCAAAGCAGUGGCCGCACGGGCAGACGACGAGAAACCUGUGGAGCGGGCAAGCCAGGCAGUGCGCUACGAGGCGCUGCAUCUGCCCCCGGGCCGGCCCAGCAGCGGCCGGCGGAGCGGGAGGGAUCGACGCGGGUCGGAGGCCACGCGCUCCGGCAGGGCCCCCCCGGGAGAGGGACCCCCCGAGCCCAACGGCCACGCCAGGACCGCCACCCCAGCAGACAGCAACGGCGGCAGCGCCGUCGUGCCAUACUAUGACAAACUGCGCUCUGGGAAUCCCCCUGGAUUGUCCAGGGGUGCCACAGAAGGCGCAGAGGGCGCGCCUCCUGACAGCGCAGCCUCGCUCGGGGACGGGGACAACGGCGAUGCCAGCGGCGCCUCGCACCAGGCACCUUCGGCUCAGCACGGCAUGAGGGACAAGUACCGAUCCCGUGCAACUGGGGACCCCAGUCACUGCCUGCACUGCGGUCAUCCAGAGCACAGCAUGGCCAGCUGUCCCAUUCUGGAGGGCAUGGAAGCAUCGGAGCGGGCAGCCGUGACAAGGGGCUACAAGGUGGACAGCAGGAGAGGGCACGAGCGGGAGGCAAGGGAGCAAGAGGGCGGAAGGGGCUCCAGGAAAAGCAGCGGCAAGUGCAUGAGGUGCCCAGCUCUGGCAGACCUGGACCUGGAUGCCAGGGCUGGCAUCAACCAGGCCUACCUGGAGACUCCCAACAGAGUGCAGACUCUUCUGGCGAAGCACCUCGGCCCGAGGUGGGUGGAACUGACGGGGGGUCCGGCGGCCGCCACUGAGGAGGCAACACCUAUACCCGCCGAGCCAGAGGUGGAUUGCUUCUGCAAGCUCUGCCAAAAGACUGGGCACAGGGAGGAGGGCUGCCCCGUGACUCUGGGCAUUCCAGCGCACAAGCUGCAGACUGUCUUGGAGCUCGUCCACAGCAGAAAGCGGCACUAUGCGCUGAAUGUGAUCGUCCAUUACUGGGGGCGCACAACCCCACGCAGCCAUCCCAUCCCAAAGGACGCUGUGCUGGUGAAGGACGUGCGCUUCAUCAAGCGCUUCUGCUGCCACUGCGACGCUGACAACCACAAGUUGUUUGACUGCCCAGAGCUGGAGGGCAUGGACGCAGCGACGCUGAAGGCCCUGGAGCAUGCGUACGCCGACACUGUCUACAAGGGACAGACACCGGAGCAGGUGUACCACAAAUGGCUGCAAGGCAGCUGUGAUAGGCAGGCCAUCACAUGCGCCCUCUGCGCCGAGGAGCACAGUGUGGAGGAAUGCCCGCAGCUGGCCUCCCUUCCGAUCGGCCCCUUCAGCUCCAUCAUGGAUGCGUGCAAGGCCGGCAACGUGCCCGCUGCAGUGGACCUGCUGCACAGCUGGAGGGAGGAGGCUGCCGGGGCGGAGGCUGCUGCAGCAGAGGCUGCCAAGCAGCAGCAGCAGCCCCGCCCGGUCCUCCAGAUAGCCGCUGCACCUGCGCCAGUGGAGCCACAGGACAGCCAGGCAGCGCAGUCCUGGCCGCGGGCUGCUAGCACCACCCAGGCGUCUGCGCCGGCGGUGCAGCCGCUCAAGCCGGGGUUCUGGAAGGCCAUGAAGCUGCCGGCCAAAGACUCACCCUUGGGUGGCAUCAAAGUGCGCGCCGACAUGGUGUCUGACGCGUUCCAGGCCUGCCUGCACUGCCUUAACAAGAAGCACAGCUUCAACGAGUGCCCGGAGCUGGAGCGCCUGCCCAAGGCUCUGCCCGAUGGGAAGUCCACUUUUGGUCAGCUGCAGCGGGCUUACAAGGACGGAGACCUGCGGCAUGCCAGGAAGAUCGUGGAGAUGGCCAUGGGCUGCCGCAUGUGCAGGCGGACGGGCCACUGGCUGCCCAAGUGCCCCCGGGUGCCGAGCCACAUCUCAUGGGAGCUGGAGGAGAUCUACAAGAAGGGGCCGGUGGAGGCUGCGGUGAAGCUGGUGAAGAAUGCCCUGGAGGUGCAGAAGCCAGCAGCAGCGCAGAAGCCCGCCGCAUCACAGCUGCCCACGUCAGCGGCAGGCCCCACAGACAGGCUGCCAGCCAAGGCAGCGCCCGCUGCGCCAGCCCCUGCCAACUGGGCUGCGGCACUGAAGAAGGGAGCCAGCCAGGAGCAGCAGCAGAAGCCAGCGAGUGCGCAGGCGGUGCCUGCCCCCAUGCCAAGCCGGCCUGCCACCUGGCCAGGGGCUGCCUCUGCAGGUGGGCAGCCGCGGCCGCCCCUCUCAGAACAGCCGGAAGAAGAGCAAGUUGCCGAGGCGGCUGCCCAGGAUGUGAAAGCCAGCGAGGGGGUCUGGAAGCUCCUCGCCGACGACAGCUCCCAGUCAGACACCGCAGACUCCGUGCAGAGUGGGCUCGGGCUGGGCGGCUCGAGCCGGCCGCAGCCGCAGGGACUGGCAACAACGCUGGGAGGGCCCUUCUUCCCGCCGCAGAGCCCCCAGCGCCUCUUCCCCAGCGCGCCCACGCGCAUGGACACCGCGGCAAGCAACGCAAUACCGCCGGAGCUGCUACCGGGCAGUAUGCAGAGCCUGUCUGACACCCUGCCAGCACCGGCCGCACCGCUGGCAGCGCCGUGGCGUGCCAGCGCGCCCGAGGCACACGCAGCAGGAAACCCCGUGGGAUACAACCCCUUUGUCAUGCGCAUGCCACCUCCCGGCCUCUUCCCGGCGGCUCCAGCGGCACCUCCCUCCGCAGCUGCGCGGCGGCUGCCGCCCGGCUUCCUCUACCCGCUGGACGAGGCUGCCGCGCGCAAGCAGGCCGACGUGGAGGCAGCCAUGCGAGUCUUCAGCGUCAGCAAUGACGGCACCAAGGCAUCCUCCGGUCCGCCGGGCUUCCCGCCGCAGCCUCUAGGGGCCCAGUCCCCACCAGGGAUCCCCUUGCCGCAUGCCUGGUCCCCCCAUGGAGCGCAGCAGCGGCCCACCGGGGGGGUCGCCAGCGCACCUCCGCAGCUGCAGCAGCCGCCACAGCCGCAGGAGCCGGACAGCCAUGAGUUCCUGCUGGGCUUGCUGGGUGUUGGCGAACCAAAACCGGCCCAGCAGCAGCAGCAGCAGCAGCAGCCCAGAGUGAUGUCACAGCCUGCGCCUGGGAUAUUCCACGUUGCCAGCCAGCGAAAGGCUGAGCCUGAGGGGGAAUAUGACGAGCGUGAGUCCCCACCCAGGAGCCAGCAGCACGUGCACUGGCAGAAUGCAGGUGUUGAGCCGGCGUUGCAGAUGCAGAAGGGCGCGUGGCGUAAGCCCCUUGGGCCAGCGGUUUUUGAAUACAGCGCGCCUCCCAGUGCUGCCUCAAGCCCGGCCAGGCCACAACCCAGUCCCAGCAGGAUCGGCCCACAUGCCUGGCCGCCAACCUCGCCUGCUGGCCUUAAGGCGAGUGCUGCGGAGAGGGCGCCCUACUUAGCGGUCCACACCGAGGAGCAGAUGUCUGAGUCAGAAGAGGAGGAGACAGAGGAGAGAGAUGAGGAGGACGAGGAAGGCCUGAAGGCUGCGAUCCAGGCAAGCGCAAGCCUGCAGGACUCCAAGGAGCGGCUUGGGCCGCUGCACGACGCGGUGAGGGCGGUCGAGGCCGGCCAGCCGCGGCUGGCACUGAUGGGCGUGGCCACUCCGGGGCUGCAGAACCAGACGGGCGAGUACAACUGCUUCCUCAACGUCAUCGUGCAGUGCCUCUGGCACUGCCGCUCCUUCCGCUCCGGCCUGCUCUCCCGCCUGGACCCCCAGCAGCUGCAGGAGGUGCCAGUGGUGUGGGAGCUGCUGGGGCUGUUCAUAGCAUUUGCCAAGGAGGAGGACCAGCGCCGCACCGUGCCGGGGGCCGCCCGCACGGAGGCCGUCGCGCCCAACGCGCUGCGCGAGGCGCUGCACGACCUCGACUCCCGCCUCUUCUCCAUCGGGGAGAUGAGCGAUGCGGCGGAGGUGCUGAACGCGGUAUACGACAGCCUGGGCGCCGUCCCGGGUGGCGCUGAGCUGGUGGACUCGGUGUUUGGGCUGCGCGUGCGCGAGGUGGUGCACUGCGGCAGCUGCGGCCGGGACACGCACGAGGCGGCCUACACGCAGUCCUUCUACAACGUGUCCACAACGGCGCUGCGCUUCCAGGCGCUCUCCCUCGAGCCCGGCGAGGCCUCCCCCACCCUGGGCGAGGCGCUGCGGGGCGUGGAGCGGCAGACGCUGAAGAGCUGCGACACGGACGAGGGCGGGUGCGGGCGCGAUCAGGCCGUGCUGGCCUUCCUGGAGGGAACGCCGCCCGCCGCCUUCACCCUCCAGCUCGCCUGGGAGUCCCAUGCCGAGUCUAGUGCCGACAUCCGCGCCACCAUGGCCACCAUCCAGGAGACGCUGGAUCUCGGGGAGGUGUACUUGGGGCUUCCCAAGGGGCAGCACCUGUACCGGCUGAGCAGCAUGGUGUGCUACUAUGGCGCGCACUACCACGCAUUUGUGCACGCGGGCAACCAGUGGAUCAUGUUUGACGACGCCACCACCAGCGCCGUCGGCGCCUGGGACUCCGUCAUGCACAAGUGCCAGCUCGGCAAGAUCCAGCCCUCCGUCCUCUUCUUUGAGGCCCCCUCCUCAUAG